UAGAAAGACAGAGCAGGGGAACAGAGUGCGAGCAAGUUGUUUUAGUCCAGUUGUGAAGAUUUGAAUCCCAGUUCUGAGCUCUCGGCAAAGGCUUGCUGGGAUACCUCAUUCUCUGUCCUGUGUAAAGACCAUGUCCACUGGGUCCCUCAGCGAUGUAGAAGAUCUGCAGGAGGUGGAGAUGCUGGAAUGCGAUGGCCUGAAAAUGGAUACUAACAAAGAGUUUGGGGCGUCCACCGAGAGCAACGAGGAGGGAUCCAAUGGCGAGAAUGGCUCCCCUCAGAAGGGGAGAGGGGCCUCGGGCAAGAGGAAAAAAGCUCCCCCCAAGAAGAGCCCUUUAAAUGGAGUGAGCCAGGAGGGAAAGCAGGUACAGAGAAAUGCUGCCAACGCCAGGGAGAGGGCAAGGAUGAGGGUCCUUAGCAAAGCCUUCUCCAGGCUUAAGACCACCCUGCCCUGGGUGCCCCCAGACACCAAACUUUCCAAACUGGACACCUUGAGAUUGGCCUCCAGCUACAUUGCUCACCUGAGGCAGAUCCUGGCCAAUGACAAGUAUGAAAACGGCUACAUCCACCCAGUCAACUUGACUUGGCCUUUUAUGGUAGCCGGCAAACCCGAGAGUGACCUGAAAGAAGUGGUGAACACAAACCGCUUGUGCGGCCCGACGGCAUCCUGAGCCCCGCGGCCGGGCCAGCAGCGUCCGUCCCGGCGCGGCCGGGGAGCGGGCAGGGACCCGCCGCGGCCCCGCCGCUGCCCCGGGCCCCGGGCAGAGCCAUGGGGAAAGCCGUUCCCCCGGCGCAAAGGAGACCAAAUGUGCCCUAGCAAAGACUCCAUCCACCCCGAGAGAUCCCGACUCUAUUUAACUUUAUUAAAUGCGUGUACAGUUGAGUGUCCUGCAACCACAGCCUUGCUGGUUCAAGCGCUACUAGAGAGAAAAGACAGAGAUCAAACAAAACCUACCACGCGUGUAUCUUUUGUCUGAGACCUGUGAAAUAUGUAGAUGCCUAGAAAAACUGACUUUGACAGUCAUCUCUAUGAAGUAAUUCAACCUAAAGAUAUACAGAUAUAUUUUCUUCAAGCAGGUUCUGCUCUAUUUCUGUGAAUAAACCUUCCUUUCUACUGAACACGGAGCGGUGAAAGUGUUCGUUUGCGACUCUCGGGCUCGCCGGGGUAAGGACUGUGCCUUCGCUGCCUCCGCCG